AUGAAGCGUCGACUACGUUCAUCUUCUAAGGCCGAUGAGGGUCUUGUCUCGUGUCUCAGUGCCACAUUCUGUGGUGAAAACUUCAAAAGAUGUAAACUUGGGCAUCCCAAUCACAUAGAGCAACCGUUCUUGGAUGAUGAUGAUGUUGUUGAUCAAGUUGCUCUGUUGCGUGACUGGAAAACCAAUGAUUUGUUGCGUAAGAAAAAGCUUAUUCUUGUUCUAGAUUUGGACCAGACUUUACUCGAGGCGAGAGCAAUCAAAAAGUUAACUUCCGAAGAGAAUUAUUUGCUUGGUCAAGAUUGCACAUCAAGAUCUGGUGGCAAAGGUAGUCUCUUUAAGUUUGAAGUGGAACCCCUAUUGUUGGUGAAACUGAGACCCUUUGUUAGGGAGUUUCUGAAAGCGGCUAAUGACAUGUUUGAGAUGUACAUAUACACUCGGGCUUGCCGAGUCUAUGCCUUGAAGGUUGCUCGUUUGCUAGACCCAGAUGGGGAUUACUUUCUCUCUAGAAUAAUCACAAGGGAUGAAAGGCCUGGUUGUGAUAAAAAGUGCCUUGAUGAGGUGUUGGGGCACGAAAAUGUGGUUCUCAUAGUUGAUGAUAACAGAAACAUGUGGCCUAAGCAUCAAGCAAAUUUGAUAAACAUUCAGAAAUAUGAGUAUUUUGCUUCAAGUUAUUGGAGAGCAAGGGAUGACAGAUAUAAGUCUCUGGCAGAGAAGAAGAUUGAUGAAAGUGAGACUAAUGGGCCGCUUGCGAGAAUUCUUGAUGUUCUCCAAAGAAUUCACGAACUGUUUUUUCAUCCAAAGCUUGAAGUUGAUCUUGCUCAUAGAGAUGCAAGGUUAGCACUCAAACUGAUUCGACUUAAGGUGCUAGGUGGGUGUGUUUUAUUUUUCAGUGAAUUGAUUUCGGGGCCACCGGAGGAAUCACAUAUCUGGGGCAUGGCAGAGGAGUUAGGAGCAAUGUGCACUGUGGAACUCGGUCCAGCAGUGACACAUGUAGUGACAGUGGACAUUGAAACAGAGGAGGCUCAGUGGGCAGAGCAGAAAAAGAAGUUCUUGGUUCACCCAACUUGGAUACGAGCAGCUUAUCAUUCAUUUCAAAGGGAACCAGAAGGCAAUUUCCCAGUUGAUACAUUCUGA